UGCUCGCCUCCCAAUCCGGCGCUGCAAUCCGACGCCCAUGGCUCUUUAUCUCCCAUCGCCUCCUCUCAAACUACCCCUCGCCCUCCUCGUUCCCCGAUUGUCCUCCCGGACGCCUCCCUCUUCUUCCCUCGCACGUCGCUGUCCCUCCGUCUCCCACCUACCUCGCCGUUUCCCUGGCCACCGCCGACGCGGAGGGCUGCCUGUUCUCGCCUCCGUCGGCAAGGAAGAAACCGACGUACGCGUCUCCGAAGAGGAUCAGUCCGAUGUAUCCCCUGAGGAUCUCGAAUGCGUCCGGGAGAUCCAGAGAGUUUUGGAGCUUCUGAAGAAGAAUAGAGACAUGAUCUUCGGAGAGGUUAAGUUAACUAUAAUGAUCGAGGACCCUAGGGAUGUCGAACGGAAGAGAUUGCUUGGUAUAGAUGACGCAGAGGAUAUCACCAGGGAUGAUUUGGUUACUGCUCUGGAAGAUGUGAAUGAAGGGAGAAUUCCUAAAAACCGGGUGGCUCUUAAGUUGCUUGCAAAGGAGAUGACUGAAUGGCCCAAUCUUGAGGUUGAAUCACUAGAGAAGGGCAGGCCUAGAAAAUCUCUUUAUGCAAAGGCCACAGAUACAGGAGUUGAUCCCCAGGCUGCUAAGAGACUUAACAUAGAUUGGGAUUCAGCUGUUGACAUAGAUCCUGAAGAUGAGGAUGGUGAUGGUGAUGAUAUAGAUGUGCCCCCAGCUGUGGGCUACGGUGCCCUUUACUUGGUCACUGCAUUGCCAAUUAUAAUUGCUGUGUCAGUUGUGUUAAUCCUCUUUUAUAAUUCUCUGCAGUAGCAGUUUGUCUUAACAAAUUUGUCUAGAUGAAGUUAUUUAGCCCUAUGUAUUGGCGCAGUUAAUACCUGCAUGAGUGGUUACUCCAAUAGGUCUUAGGGUUAAUUCCCAAUGGGUAUAAAAUGUCUCACCGGGUGCCUGACGGACCUCCCUCAUGCAAAGGGCGCUGCGCUAGGGCAAAUGUCUACCGUAAUUUAUUCCUUUCCAGAGAGUCUGGGGUUUGGAGAGGUUGUUAAGAUGAUGGUUUCACCUUUUGCUCCUAACUUAUUUAGCCUUGUUUGACAUUUGUGCCAGACCAGCUUGAAGUGUAUAUAACUGUUAUUUAUUCAAUUUAAUCUGUUUGUUCAAA